AUGGCGGCAAGAACAGAAGAUAUUCAAAUCAAAUGCAGAAUAGAAUUAGCUCAAUUGAAAAUGAGUCAAAAUGAAUCAGUAGAUGAUUAUAUGAAUAGAGCUGUUAUUCUGAAAAAAAUAACUAACAGAUACUAUAGAGAAGAUAAUACAACAGAUGAAGAAGCUGAGAAAAUUUUGCCAUCCAAUAGUGAUGAUGAACACGAUGAUAACAAUUCAUUGGAAAAGCCAACCGAGUAUCCGAAAAUAAAUGAAGAACCUGGAAAUGAUAAUCAUGGAAAUCCUGUACAGAAAAGACCAGCGCGAAUUACGAAGCCCCCAGAAAAAUUAAAAGAUUAUGUAGUAUACAAUACAAAUGAAGGAUUACCUAAGACGUAUGAUGAAGCUAUAGAAUCUGCUGAAAGUGAAUUCUGGCUACAAGCAAUGACAGAAGAAUUGAGUUCAAUGGAGGGUAAUGAAGUCUGGGAAUUUGUUGAAAGACCCAUCGCUAAGAAAGUUAUUAAAAACCCCCUGGAUAUUCUCAAAAAGGGAUGA